GGAGCUUUUCUUAUUCCUUUUCUAUUUUGGCGGUUGGGGAAGGAGAGCUUUCGGAGGGCUUAUAGUACUCUCACCCGAGUUCAACACUUGAGAUUUAUCCUUUUGAAUCGAGAACCCUUUCGCCGUUCUUACAUAUUCAAGGAAACCGGGAGAUUCACAACAGUGACGGCGAUGGCGAUUACUCCGAUGAUAAAAAUUAUAAAGCCGUUGAUCAGAAUACCCUCUUUUAUCUCAUAUUGGUGAGUUUCUUUUUUCCUACUCUCCGUGUUUUUGUGCGGUUAUCUUCGAAUUAAGGUUCUUGUUGUCUCUGCUUGUUAUCUUCUGUCAAUAAUUUGGGGAUUUUGGAUUACUUGUGGCAUGUAAUUUAAGUACCUUAUUUAGAAGGUUUUUUCAUGAGCUGUCAUUUUCUCCUUCCUUCUUCUACGAAUUGGCUAUAUAUCUUGGUGCUUUCUUUUGUUGCUACAAUGAUUGGAUAGAUCCAGUCUUCUGUAAAGCUCAGGUGGAAUAAAGCACAAUAGUCUUUGGGACUAAAGUGCAAGGUACAAAAAAGUACUACAAUUGAAGUGGAAAUAUGGAAAAAAAAAUACCCCUAAAUAUAAUAAAUUUGCAUUUAGGUUUAGUAAAAUUUGAUUUUUUGGGUUAAUAAAGAAGAAAAUCCUAAUUAUUACUAUCUUUUAAAAAUAAAGAAAAAGUCCUAAGGCCAGUCUUGGGACUUCACAGAAGGCAGGCGUGCAUUAUUUUGUGAGCCUCACCUAUUCAAGGUGAGACACUACAUUUGUGCCUUGAGCCUAGGUGCGCCCGUGAGGAGGUUUUUAGAACACUGGAUAGAUCAAUCUUGCUUCCUUGUUUUAGAAAGCAACAUGGAAUUGAAGAUUACUUAGUUGGUCCUAUCUUUUUGGUAGGGUAUGUUAGAAUGUUUAUUCGGAUAUGAUUUAGGCCAAUGGGUCCUUUCCCUUUUGCUCUCUAUACAUGGGCCUUCCCAUUGCUGGUUAUGGACAAUAAUGGGUGCAUUUCUAGUGCCCCCAAUUCAGGCUGCUAACUAUCUGAACAUUAAGAGUCUACUGGAUCUCACAUGCCAGACUGUGGAGAGGAAAUUUGAAAGACAAAAAAGUUAAUAUCUUGUUUUUUGGAAUUCAAUAACUAUUCUGUUGGCCAAAAAGUUAGCUUUUGACAUGAUUCUUCAUGCAUAAAAUUAACUUAUAUUUAGAGCGGGUAUGUACGUCUUAGCUAGGGUUUUUUUUUUUUUUUUAAAUAUAUAAUAAUAAUAAUAAUUAUUAUUAUUAUUUAAAUCUUGCUACCGUUAUGCAACAUCUCGCAACUAUCUUCCAACAUCCAAACAUGAAACGUCUAACUCAAACUCAUUUUUAUACUUGUUUUAUGUGAUUUAGGCUGGAUAUGUAUUUUAUCUAGCUUGCUUGCUACUGUAUUUUUUCUUUCUCGCAAUAAUUCGCAAUUAUCUUCCAACAUCCGAACUUGAAACGCUUAACUUAAACUCAAUUUAUAUGUGUUUUAAGUGAUUUGGGGUGGAUAUAAACAUGUUUUAACUAGCUUUUUAGCUACUAUUUUUUCAACAUCCAAACCAAAUUAUUUUUAUACUUGUUUUAGGUGAUUUAGGGCAGGUUUACACAUGUUUUAGAUAGUUUUUAGGUCAUGUUUUUUUAUCUUGCAAGUUGCAACUAUCUUCCAACUUCCAAACUUAAAACGACUAACGCCAAAUCAUUUUUAUAAUUGUUUUAGGUGAUUUAGGGUGAGUUUACACAUGUUUUAGGUGAUUUACGAGAUGUUGGUAGAUAAUUGCAAGAUCAUUGUAAGAUAAAAAAACAGUAACUAAAAACACCCAAAAACAUGUUCCUACCCAUCCUCUUGACAUAGUUAGAAAAGUGAUUUAGAGUUGGGUGUUUCAAUUUGGAAGUUGGAAAAUAGUGGUGAGAUAAAACCGGUACCUAAAAAACAUCCUAAAACAUGUUCAUACCCACCCUAAAUCACCUAAAAUAGGUAUAAAAGUGAUUUGGAGUUGGACAUUUCAAGUUUGGAUGUUGGAAGAUAGUUGCGAGAUAAAAGAUAUUACCUAAAAAAACUUGCUAAGACGUGCAAAACCACCCUAAAUCAGCUCAAACAAGUAUCAAAAUUAUUUGGGGUUAGACAUUCCAAGUUUGGAAGUUGGGAGAUAAAAAACAGAAGCUAAAGAACUUGUUAAAACUAGUGUAUAAUCAUCCUAAAUCGCCUCAAGAAUAAAAACGAUUUGGAAUUAGGGAGUUCAAUUUUGGAAGUUCGAAAAUAGUUGCGAGACAAAAAAAAUAGCUAAAACACUUUUCAAACUAUUGUAAAACCACCCUAAAGCACCUUAAACAAGUAUAAAAAUGACUUGGAGUUUGGAAUUUCAAGUUUGGAAAUUGGUAGAUAGAGGCGAGAUAAAAAACAAUUGCUAAAAUUACUAAAUCACCUAAAACAAGUAUAAAUAUGAUUUGAAGUUAGACAUUCCAAGUUUGGAAGUUGGAAGAUAGUUGCGAGAUAGUUGACAUAAAAAACAGUAGCUAAAAGACUCGCUAAAUUGGUGUAAAACCACCCUAAAUCACCUAAAACAAGUAUAAAAAUGAUUUGGAGUUAGGCAUUUCAUAAUGCACUUUCCAACAAUCGAUGUAAUUCAUAGGUUUAAUGGUCUUUCUCCAUUUAUCUCUUAUUUUGUCUAGUAGCCAUUAAGUUUCUGUUAUAUGAUUGCUUAUCGGUUUUUUAUUUUUUGCUAUUAUGGCUUUAGUAUGGUGAAUCGUUUUGUAAUAUUACAAUUGUCCAAAUGCAUGGAUCCAAAGUUGGAAUAAAAAUUUAAAACUAGAUACUAACCUGUAGUCGUAGCAGUCAAACUUGUACAUCAAAAUAAGUUCAACAAAGAAAAACUUCAUCAUGUUGCGAGCCUAUCUAAUACGUAAAUCCGGUGUCUUGAUGGAAAAAUACAGGCCCUGUUGUUAGUCUUGGAUUCAAGAAGGCCUUGAUUAGAGUUGUGACCAGACUAAUUUUAUUGAUUCCGGUGAUUUGAUUAUAAGCAUGUAAGAGUUCUCUGUAGAUAUGCUUCCACUGGAUUCCAUGUCAUGGACUUCGACGAUUAGAAAUCUUUGUUUAAAUGCAAAACACCAAGAAGUUUUGUCCCUUUUUGUUCAGAAGUUCCAAUGCUCAUCAGGCUUUCAAGCUGAUAGCCACACUUUUGCUGCUGUUUUCAAAUCAUGUGCUGCCCUUUUUGCUAUCAAUGUAGGAAGGGCACUUCAAGGUUAUGCAGUGAAACAGGGGGAAUUAGCAUGCCAAUCCGUGUACAAGGGAUUGCUGAACUUGUAUGCCAAAUGUGGUGCUUUUGAUGAAUGUUGGAAAUUAUUUGAACAGUUGGAUCACCGUGACGUUGUUACCUGGAACAUAAUCUUAUCUGGGUAUUGUGGGUCUCAAAUACAUGAUAUUAAGGCUAUGAGAUUGUUUGUUAAGAUGCAUGCAGAGGGGGAGGUGAAGCCAAGUGCUAUUACAAUUGCUAGCAUUCUUCCUGUAUGUGCUCGUGUAGGGCGAGGUGUUGUUGGGAAGAGUAUACAUUCCCAUAUUAUGAAAUCUGGACUGGAAAGGGAUACACUUGUUGGAAAUGCUCUCAUAUCUAUGUAUGCCAAAUCUGAGCAGCCACAGUACGAUGCAUAUGCUGCAUUUAACAGCAUUAUUCACAAAGAUGUUGUUUCAUGGAAUGCUAUAAUAUCUGCUUUAGCAGAAAAAAAUUUAAUGUUUGAUGCAUUACAAUUGUUUAGUCUGAUGCUGGAAGAACCCAUAGAACCAAACUAUAUAACAAUUGCAUGUAUUUUACCCGUUUGUGCUUCCUUCAGUAAGUAUGUUUCCUACAGGUUUGGAAAAGAGAUCCAUGGUUUUGUACAGCGUAGGACUAAAUUGAUGGAAGAUAUUUCUGUUUGCAAUGCAUUGAUGAACCUUUAUUUGAGGGUUGGACAGAUGGAAGACGCAGAGAUUUUGUUCUCGCACCUGAAGCAGAGAGACUUAGUUUCAUGGAAUACUAUAAUUUCUGGAUAUUCAUUAAAUGACGAGUGGUUGGAAGCUGUAGAUCAUUUUUGCAAGUUACUGUGCUUAGGAAUUGAGCCAGAUUCGAUAACUUUAAUUAGUGUUUUACCUUCUUGUGCAUACUCCCAAAACUUGCAAAUGGGGAAAAUGAUUCAUGGCUAUAUUCUUCGUCAUCUUAUCUUGAGUGAAGAUUCAGCAGUUGGAAAUGCUUUAGUUAGCUUCUAUACAAAAUGUUAUGAUGUAAAAUCAGCAUUUCAUUCAUUUUCCUUGAUUUCUAGUAAAGAUUUGAUAUCUUGGAACUCAAUGCUUAAUGCUUUUGCAGAUUUUGGAAAUUAUACUCAAUUCCUGCAUCUCCUUGACUGGAUGCUGCAGGAAAGAUUCAAACCUGAUCAUUUUACUAUCUUGAGUAUAAUCAGUUUUUGCAUUACAGUCUUAGGAGGGUGGAAAGUUAAAGAGAUGCAUUGCUAUUCAAUUAGAGCUUGUUUCUUUGAAGGUGAUUCCGGUUCUACUAUACUCAAUGCUCUUCUUGAUGCAUAUUCAAAAUGUGGUAAUAUAGAUUAUGCUUUAAAGAUUUUUGAAAGCUCAUCAGGAAAAAGAAACUUGGUGACGUGCAAUUCAAUGAUUUCGUGCUAUGUUAACUGUAAGUCACCCAGUGAUGCACUUACGAUAUUUGCUGGUAUGUCUGAGACUGAUCUUACCACCUGGAAUCUGAUGAUGCGGGUUUAUGCUGAAAAUAAUAGUCCUUUUGAUGCUCUCAGUCUUUUCCGUAGGUUGCAAUCUGAGGGUAUGAAACCUGACGCAGUGACUAUUAUGAGCCUCCUUCCCCUAUGCAAUGAAAUGGCAUCAUUCCGCCUGUUAAAAGAAUGUCAUGGAUACUCAAUUAGAUCCUGUUUUGAGGAUGUAUACUUAGACGGAGCCUUACUUGAUGCAUAUGCAAAAUGUGGAGUUGUAGGUUGUGCUUAUAAGCUUUUCCAAUCGAGUUCUCAAAAGGAUUUAGUUAUGUUCACAUCGAUGAUAAGUGGGUAUGCCAUGCAUGGGAUGGGAGAGGAGGCACUCAAGGUUUUCACUAACAUGCUCGAGUCGGGUGUUAAGCCAGAUCAUGUGGUCAUGACCUCCAUUUUAUCUGCUUGUAGUCAUACUGGUCUUGUAGAUCAAGGUUUGGACAUAUUUCAGUCGAUGGAGGAGGUUAAUCAUAUCAAACCUACCAUGGAACACUAUGCUUGUGUGGUGGAUCUCCUUGCACGAGGAGGCCGAAUCGCCGAUGCGUAUUCUUUUGCGAUCAGGAUGCCUAUUAAGCCUGAUGCUAAUAUAUGGGGGACACUGUUAGGUGCCUGCAAGACUCACCAUGAAGUGGAAUUGGGCCUUGUUGUGGCAGAGCAACUGUUUGAAACUAAAGCUGAUGAUAUAGGAAACUAUGUAGUUAUGUCAAACCUAUAUGCUGCAGAUGCUAAAUGGGAGGGGGUCCUGGAGGUAAGAAAGCUGAUGAAAGAGAAGGAAUUCAAAAAACCACCAGGUUGCAGUUGGAUUGAAGUGGAAGGAGAGAAGCACUUUUUUUUAGCAGGAGAUUCUUUGCAUCCUCAAAGAAACUUAAUUUAUAAUCUGUUAAGUAUAUUGCAUCAGCAAAUUAAAAGGGCAGUUGAUAUAACUUGAUGAGCAAUUAAAUUUUGAUAUGUUUUGAAAUGUUAUUUAUAUGGGCACUAUAGGUGGUUGUCACAA